AUGCAUCUCGCACUGCUUGCUGUCCAGCUUCUCCUUCUGCAUGCAGUCUGUUGCAUUGCUGCAGUUGGUAGAACGCUUCCGACCCCAGCAUCACUAACCACAAAGACAGCACCACUGCACUUUCGAGCUGCCACCCAACAGCCCACCGCUGUUGCCUUGGCUGCUGCCCAGACCGACGGUCAGCUCAUCACAUGUGGUUAUCUCGAUGGCAAUGCCAGCGCUCCCCGUUCGGCCCAGCCUGGGUUUGACUGCCGCAUCGACACGCAGCAUGGCAUUUGGGGCUUCUGCCCAACAACGGUCAUCGCCGCCACGGACUGCGGUCUUGCUGCGGCAUGUAGUGACUCGGGGACCUGCACCAGCAUUUGUGAAUUCAAUGCUGCCUCGGGCCUAACGACGAUUACAUGGUAUGUUGUUAUUCGUCCCAGCUCCGGCACCAAUGUGGCCUACUGCUCGACGGCCAUGCUGACGUUUGGCGUGGACCAGAGCUACGCAUAUGUGGCCUGUGGACACGAUCCGGUGACCGACCACUAUGUAGUCACACCGACCUUUACACCCACCCCGUCAACGACCAGUUCCUCAAAAGCACCCCCGACAACUUCAACCCGACCCUCUGUAUCAUCCACUUCGUCGCCCGCUACAAAAUCGCCUGCAGCACAAAGCUCGUCGUCUAGCAGCAGCUCCAUUACAACGAGCCAGGCGACGUCAUCACCAUCACCGUCCACGGCUAGUACUAGCAACACGAACGUCGGGGCCAUAGUUGGCGGUGUUCUCGGUGGGCUCGCCCUGCUCUGCAGUUCGGCUAUAGCAGUCGUCUUCAUCAUCAAGCGAAACCGGUCGAGCAGUCGCGGCGACAGACAGCAUGACGGCCCAUCAACGUCGACAUCGUCGCCACCACCGCCUGACAUGUCCGGGCCGUCGACAGCGCCAUUUCCACCAGCGCCGCCCUAUGCACAGCACGCACAACAUGCUCCACACCUGCAUGGCAUACAUGCCGGAGCGCCCCCGCCUGGGCCACCUCCGGCAACAGGUGUGCCCCAUGCAAUGUAUCCAAACGUCUACCACGAGGCCGACUCGUCGCCCGAAAAGUACAAUCCAUCAUCGGCCCAGAGCAGAGGUUAUGAGGGCUCCGCAGCCUACGCUGUGGAACUUCCAUCCCACGACAGUUUUUGA